GUGCGAUUUAACUGUAACACGCAGCGGCAUUGACGAUGGAAGCGCCUGUUAUGGACACAUGUCAUGUAUCUUGUUGUGCCAAUCCCACUCCUAAUGUUGUGUCAUGGGGAAGAGGAGGUCUUAUCGCAUUUGGGACAUGUAAUUCAGUUGUGAUUUAUAAUCCACAGGAAAUUAAGAUUGUCGAGGUCCUGAACAAACACACAGGAAGGGUCAAUGCUGUCCAGUGGGUUUAUAAACAUGACUGCAGUCCAGAAACACAGUUGGUGUCUGGCGGGUCAGAUAAUAAUCUUAUUGUUUGGGAGAAGCAAGAUGGAAAUUUCAAUGCACUUGCAGUGUGUUCAGGACACUCAGGGCCCGUGUGUGCAGUGGAUGCUGUGUCUCUAUCCUCACAUAUACUGCUGGCCUCAGUAUCAUCUGACUCCACUGUUAAACUCUGGACAUGCAUCUAUGAUAAAGCUGAAUGCCUGCAGACCAUAUCUUUUGGGAGCGGGUUUGUGAUGGAUGUCUCCUUGGCGCUGUUGCCAGGCAGCAGGGUUCCAGUACUCGCCUGUGGGGGCGAUGAUAGCAAAGUCCAACUGUAUGUGCAGAACAGUGAACAGUUUCAGAUGGUUCUGACGCUGACAGGUCAUGAGGAUUGGGUUCGAGGUGUGGAAUGGGCGGUUAAAGAUGGUGAGCUCCUGCUUGCCAGCUGUUCUCAGGACUGUCUGAUCAGAGUGUGGAGGCUGUUUGCCAAGACUGCUGCUGAACCAGAGCAACAGACCGACACUGUCAUCAAAAUGAAGGAGAACGUCUUUGAAGUGUCUGGAGAUGUGUUUGCCAUGACUCUUGAAACGGUGUUAGCUGGUCAUGAAAAUUGGGUUUAUGGAAUUCACUGGCAACCUCCACAUAUCAAAGGCGACAUAGUGGAACAGCCUCUGAAACUGCUGUCUGCGUCUAUGGACAAGACGAUGAUCUUAUGGGGGCCAGAGGAGGAUUCUGGUGUCUGGGUGGAGCAGGUUCGUGUUGGUGAAGUUGGAGGAAACACUUUGGGCUUCAACGGCUGCCAGAUGAGUCCAGACGGCUCUAUGAUUCUGGCUCAUGCCUUCCACGGAGCACUGCACCUCUGGCACCAUGACAACAGCCAGGGGGAGUGGAGGCCUGCAGUCGUGGUUUCUGGUCACUUUAACGCAGUGCAGGACUUGAGCUGGGACCCUGAAGGAGAGUUUAUCAUCACUGUCGGAUCAGACCAGACCACCAGAUUCCUCACACCCUGGAAGAGAAAAGAAUGCUCACAGGUGACCUGGCACGAGAUCUCCAGGCCCCAGAUUCACGGCUACGACGUGCAGUGUCUGACCAUGGUCGGGCGUUUUCAGUUCGUGUCUGGUGCCGACGAGAAGGUCCUGCGUGUGUUCAGGGCUCCGCGAAAUUUCGUGGAGAACUUUGCCAGCAUAUCCUGCACCUCUCUGGAGAAACUGCUGGGCUCCAGUGAAACAGUCGACCUGCCGGAAGGAGCCAGCACACCUGCUCUUGGCCUGUCCAACAAAGCUGUCUUUCAAGGUGACCUUACAUCUAAGUGCCCUCCAAAGGACGCUGACGGUUUCAGUAGCGUUUCCGACCAGUACAAAGAGUCCUACUUUAAGCCACUCAAACUCACAGAGCCCCCGACAGAGGACGAUCUCUUGCAGAACACGCUGUGGCCAGAGGUACAGAAGCUGUACGGACACGGCUUUGAGAUGUUUUGUCUGGCGUCGGAUUCUUCGAGGACCGUGGUGGCCUCUGCGUGUAAGGCUUCUAAAGCAGAGCACGCUGUCAUCCUGCUGUGGAGCUCCACCUCCUGGAAACCGCUCCAGUCGCUGUCCUGUCACAGUCUGACCGUCACUCAGAUGGCUUUCUCACCCAUCGGACGCCUUCUGCUCGCUGUUUCUCGAGACCGCACCUGGUCGCUGUGGAAACGGGAAAACCCUGGCCCAGAUUCAGAACCCAGUUUUUCACUAUAUGCAAACACCAGUAAGGACACAGCGGUUCACACACGCAUCAUUUGGUCAUGUGACUGGAGCUCAGACAGCAAGUACUUCGCAACAUCGAGCCGAGACAAAAAGGUGAUCGUUUGGGGUCAUCGUGAUUCUGAAGACUGUGUUGGUGAUCGUGAUGAUGCAGGUGUGAAUCCGUGCUCCUCUGUGUUGGAUGUUGGAGAUUCAGCGACUGCCAUGUCAAUCUGUCCACAUCUCUGUUCAGACCAGAGUUAUUUGUUGGCUGUAGGUCUAGAGAAUGGAAAGAUUUUGCUGUAUAAAUGGAGGCCAAUGGAGGAUCUGGCUUCUGGAGCAGAUUGGAGCAAAUGUGGAGAAACAGACAGAUCUCAGAGUCACACUCUGGUGGUAAAUAGGCUACGCUGGAGGCCGAGGCGGGGACGGGCUGAGGACUGGAGCCAAGACCACGAUUGGGUCCAGCUAGCCAGUGCUGGUGCUGACCACGCUGUCAAAAUCUUCAACGUCAGAAUUUCAUCAUUGUGACUUUAUCCUGCUGCUGGAAAUGUAACUGGGUAAAAUGCAUUGUGGGUACUGUUUAUGUUCAGUAAGUAAACUGACAGUUUUCAGUUGGCCAGUGUAAAACUGCUCAGAGGGGUUGCUUUCUCACUUCAGUAAGUCAGCUUUUGUUCUUUCAGUUUCAACACUAUUACAUAUCACUUGUAAACAUGGACUGUUGUACUAUUUAUAAUGUAAAAAUACAGUUUGCUUUGUACUGUAAUAAACUUUUUUCUAACAUCGAAGUGUCACGCAGUUGCUUAUUUUUUCUUAAGCUACGGUGACCAAAAAAGCAUUUUGAGGGACUCCUUUCCUAUUUGAUACAGCAAGUUUAUCAAAAAAUAGGCAAGGAAGAACAGCUUAUCAAAUAUAUAUUAUAAUGCAAAAUUAUGUUUCAUGGCCAGUAAGAAAUAUUUAUGGCCUGUUGUUAUCACCCGAAUAACAUUUUUCAAAGUAUUUCAGUUAGGGCUGUCAAACGAUUAAUCGCAUCCAGAAUACAAGUUUGUGUUAACAUAAUAUAUAUCCAGUGUUGGGUAAGUUACUCUGAAAAAGUAAUGAAUUACUAGUUACUAAUU